CUGGAGGUCAAGGCGUAGUCUUGGUUUGCUUGAUUAAUCUGCUCGUAUAUCAUAGACAAUUGCUGUGCAUGCGGAUAUUCCAUACACUAGAAUUCUUAUAUCGGUCGUUUUCACAAAGUCAUGUAACUUCCGCAGCAAGCACCACCCAGCACCUCGUUAAUCAUCGCGUAAAAUAUUUAACUUGACCCCGUGUGCCGUAUAGGUCGUCAGAGGAGAAGGCUGUUUUGUCGUUCCCUGACUUGCACUCUAAUGUACUUGGUAAUGAUUAAUGAAUGGUAAACAACACAGCCCGUGUUUACCAUGGAUACUACCUAGGCAUCGCAUUUAUCCACUAAUAAUUGGAUAGACAUUGAUCAGCAAACAUGGCGUUGAUGUGGCUGGUGGUGCGCAUUGUUUUCGUUUUCGUUUGCUUUUCACCAGCGUUCGGGGAAUACUGCCCAGGUACAUAUUCCAACUUCUGGUGUCCUACAUAUUCCGACAACGAUGGCCAGGACGAAUGUUGCCAGGACAACACGCCCUACAACCACUGUUGUUACUUUGACACGGACUACGAAAGCGUUUACCAAUUGAGUGUGGGUGCCAUAGUGGGCAUAGUGAUCGGCUCAUUGAUCCUCCUUGGUAUCAUCAUUGCAGUCAUCGUUGCGGUGUGCUGCUGCUGCUGCUGUGCCACCAAAUCGGGCGCUCAAGGACGUCGCACUGGACCGACUACCGUGACCCACUUUCAGGGCGGGACUCAAAUGACAACCAUGACUGCUCAGUCAUAUUCUCAGGGUCAGCCAGCCUACCCCGGUGGUCAGCAGGUCCCGACUGGCCAGCCCCCUUACCCCGGCCAACAGGCCUAUCCCGGUCAGCCUCAGGCCUACCCCGGUCAGCCUCAGGCCUACCCUGGUCAACCUCAAGCCUACCCUGGUCAACCUCAAGGCUACCCUGGUCAGCCCAUGGCCUACCCCGGUCAACCUCAGGCCUACCCGCCGCCGGCCGGUCAGUACCCUGGGGCUCAAGCGGCUAGCCAGUACUACCCGUCGACCUCUGCCCCUGCUGGUCAGUGUCCACAGCCAAAUGUUCCGGGUGUGAUAGCCGGAACGGGCCCAUCCGAUCCGCCACCGCAGUACGAGAACUCCAAAGAAACCUAAUAUAUGAACUCGUACCAUGCAGAGUUUUCUGUCAAGUUUUAAAUAAUCAUUCAUUAUGCUGCUAUAUAAACUUCUUUUCCUAUUUGUGCUCAUAUAGUUAUUAAUUACGUCAAAGCGUGUACUCAUAUAGUUUACAUUUCUUAUUUUAUAUCAAUAAUAAACAUUUGCUUUUGCUGCAAUUUUCAGCAAUAACUAGAUUUGGAGGAUUGUAUGUUAUAAUAUUGUUAAACUGACUUGAUUCACGUUUUGGGUUCGGAGAUACUGGAAAAUCAAA